GGCUCAGUCCAGUAUAUAAAUGUCACGUGAUUUCAACAAAGGGCUGCCAAAUUUCGAAGCCCUAGCAUUUUUAGUGUGAAACAUCAAGCGACGGCGCUAGAGUAAGCAGCAAAGAAAGAGUAUACUGACGCAUCUCACGAAUCCAUCGACAACCCAACAACUCAGCAACCGCUUAUCGGAAAUAUCAAUCGACAAUAUCCCGAUAAACCGCAAUCAUGGGAAAGGUUCACGGAUCCCUCGCUCGUGCCGGAAAGGUCAAGUCUCAAACACCAAAGGUUGAGCCACAAGAGAAGAAGAAGCGCCCUAAGGGACGUGCCGCCAAGAGAGAGAAGUUCGUUCGUCGUUUCGUCAACGUUACUUUGACCGGUGGCAAGAGAAAGAUGAACCCCAACCCAGGAGCUUAAAUAACCAAAAAUUGAUGGAUGGGGAACAAGAGGGGCGUUGCUUGUUACUAUACACAAGAAUUUCACCACGAUGGGUUUACGAUUACGAUUCAGGAACUAGAGAAUAUCUACUUCAAGUUCGGACGGGAAUCCAUUGGUUGGAGGAAAAGCAAUCUUCUUUAAUGGGCGUAUAUGUACAUCUGAGGAAGUGGUUUGCUGCUGAAUUGAGAUCAAUGUUAUCUUGAUCUUUCUCCGUCUCAAUACUUGUUCAUUGGUUUCUACAGAUGUGAUGUGAUAUUGCGAUGUUUUCUUACGCUGCAGAAUGCUGAAGGCUAUGUACUGGGUGGCCCAUUUGUACGAGGCGUUGAUCGAGGCCAUGAAAAAUGGCUAUGGGCCGGCCAUCGGUCAAGGGAUACUAGAGAUUCAGCCCACAAAUCUCGGUCCCGUAUAUGUCAUAGGGAUCUGACAACAAUCAAAAAGUUUCAAUGACUUCCUCACAUUUCUCCUUCGGUCUUCUGAACACAAAUCGCCAAUACAUAAUGCAAAUAUAGCGGUCAUAUAACCAGUUGAAUGAAAUCUCGGCAAUGAAGUUAUCCUGUCGCGUCCAUUGCGCUUCAACUGAAAUCGCUUGUGAAAGAUAACGAACUGUCAAAUGAUCCUCAACUUUACUUGACUGCAGCUUUGUAUCUUGUUCUCAGAUCUCUUUUUAACGUUCUUUACAUCCUUUCUAGCAAUCUAUCCCAUAUUUACAACAUCUUAAUUGGUUUCCUUAAUGCUUGGCA